AUGAAAUUUGCAGCCUUGAUUAGCAAAUGCAAUGGAGGAGUUAAAGCACUAAAUGAAACUAUAGAUGCUGAAAAGUUGUCACGAGAAAAGAGGUAUUUGGUGUUUCCACCAACAACUUCUGAAAGUGUCCUGAAAUUAGUCACAAGCUAUUUGGGUCCUAUUGAUACUCCACUUUCGCAACAAGUUAACUGCUUCAGAAAUUUUCAAUAUCAAUACGGCUUGCCAUCUCAUUGGUAUUCCAAUUUUCCAGUCUUUCCUAACCUUUUCAAAAGGCGUUCCGAAAGUGGCAGAGCAUUUGAUGGUGACAGUAAUGAAGUCCAAUUGAAGCCUGACUCAUCAAGAAAAAUCGCAUAUGAGAUUGUAGAAGAAAUGCUGAACAAGGAGCAUAAAAAUGGGCGAGAAUGUGUUCUUCAUACCAUCUGCCAAGUAGCGGAAACGCCAUUAAGUCAUAAUGGCUUCAUCGGAGAAUUGCUGCAAAUCUUUUUUACACCAGGCGAACAUGAAAUUAUCGAUGAUGAUUAUCGUUAUGCUAUGAAAGCUGGCUUGCAUCAUGUCGACUGUGAUAAAAUCUAUCCGGAUUGUCCACUUGAGCAUAGAAUUUUAGACUCUUCUGUGAUUCAUUAUUUUGUGUGUGCUGUCCUCAUCGGCAAUUGCUAUGGUGGAAUUCAGGAAUUUAAGGAAUUAAAUAAAACAAUUGCUGAUGAUGUCUUGUCACGUGAAAAAAGAUUUUUGGUUUUUCCUCCAACCACUGGAACCAGUGUUCUUAAAUACGUGGCUGGAUUCUUAGGUCCAAUUGAUAUCCCAGACUGGCAGCAAAUUAACUGUUUAAGAAACGUUCAAUGGCAAUAUGGAUUGCCUGCCAACUGGUACACGGAAACGCCAUUAAGCCAUAAUGGCUUCAUCGGAGAAUUACUGCAAAUCUUUUUUACACCAGGCGAGCAUGAAAUUAUUGAUGAUGAUUAUCGGUAUGCAAUGAAAGCUGGCUUGCAUCAUGUUGACUGUGAUAAAAUCUAUCCGGACUGCCCAUUUGGACAUAGAAUUUUAGACUCGUUCUCAAUCAUUCAAAACUUUCACUUUGACAAUGUUCUCAAUUUUUAA